UUUUAACCUUUGAAAUGGUGUAUAUAGUAAUCAAGAGAUUGGUAAUAAAACAGCAACUCUCACUCAAUCUUUCGAGCUUUGCAGCCAAGUGAAGAACUGACUGAUAACAGUUGUAAUUGCCAGAAAUAAACUACCAAAAGCCAAGGGAUAAAGCUUACCAAGGCAAAAAAAUCAGAGUGGGUACUCUCCAACCCAGAAAAAAUUAAAAGAGAUGUUGGUGGAAACUGUAUCGCACAAAACAGCAAGCCUAAGGUGUCCGGGUGAGAUUUGAAAAGCCAACAGAAAAGAAUUAUUUGCAUCCAUAAUUGCCCCUUAAUCUAUAAGUUAAGCCUAUUUUAGAAUAGAUGUAUAACGAUAAGAACUCCCAGACCUGGACUGACUCAGUUUAUUACCUCCAGCAAGACCACUCAUUGGAUGUGAUUAUCUGUAUCGCUCCUGGAAGAAAGGGAAACUCUCCGAUCUAUGAAAGUUUGAAGUAUUACCUCCAAACAGAGUGAAAUAUUCCGUCACAAGUGAUAUUGGCUGAUACAAUUUCGAAAAACUCAAGAAGUCUAAGGAACAUAAUGAAGAACUUGAUGAUUCAGAUAUGAGCGAAGAUGGGCCACUCUCCGUGGGUAUUCAAGAGCCUGCCUUUGAUGAACAAACCAACGAUGAUUAUUAGCAUGGAUGUUUGUCAUAGAGUCGAAACAAAUAAUAAAUCUGUGCUGAAUUUAGUAGCAUCCAAGGACAAGUACGUCGCUUCGUUUUACAGUGCUUCAGUGUCGCAAGGAGAGGAGCAAAGAAUUGCAUUCUCGAUACAGAAGCUAUUCAUGGAGGCUCUGCAGGAGUUCAACACCAAGAAUGGCUUGUUUCCUCAAAAAAUCAUAAUUUAUAGAGAUGCUGUAUCCGAAGGUCAGUCUGAAGUAACUCUUAGAACAGAAGUACCAGAGCUAGAAAAGGCUAUAAAAAACCUUAAGGAUUCCGGGCAGAUUGAAGAAGAGCCGAGCAUCUUGUUCAUCCUUGCCAACAAGAGAAUUGAGCAAAGAUUUUUCACUCAGGAUAGACGAGGAAAUUUGAAAAAUCCAAGAAGAGGGCUUGUUAUCGAGAGCAAAAUCACAAGAACUGAUAGAUUUGACUUUUAUAUGAUCUCCCAUGCAGGCCCUACAGGUCUGCAGUGACCAGUUAGAUAUGAAGUCAUUAAGAAUACUUUCCAAGACUUGGAUCCGAAGGAUUUGUAUGAUCUUACUAACAUUCUUUGCUAUGAAUUCUACAACCUCCAAGGCACAGUAAGAAUCCCCUCGCCAUUAAUAUACGCCCACACAAUGUGCAACCAAAUCUCCAAAAUAUGCAAUCACCAAGUCGAAGUAUCAGAGACUCCUGAAGCUUUGAAGGAUAAACUUUACUAUAUUUAA